GAAAUAUGUACAUUUAGUUGUAAGCUGGACAGCAUUCAACAUCUUUCAAUAAUGAAGUGUUCACUUCUCUUACUGGUUUUUCUCUUUCUUUUUUCGCAAAACGUCAGUUUUCGAUUAUCAAUUUUUCCACAUUCACAACCGAUAAAAACAAUCUCCCCGCAAUAUCAAUAUCAAAUUAAUUAUUUUGAAUCUCGGGUGGAUCACUUCAGUUUUGCGGAAAAUGCAACCUACAAAAUGAGAUAUCUCGUGAAUGACACUUGGCAAAAGGGUAAUGAUGCUCCAAUUUUUUUUUACACCGGAAAUGAAGGUUUUAUUGAAGUUUUCGCGGAAAAUACGGGAUUUAUGUGGGAUAUAGCGCCAAAAUUUGGAGCACUUUUGAUAUUUGCCGAGCAUCGUUAUUACGGCGAAUCAUUGCCAUUUGGAAAUAAAUCAUUUUCCGAUGCAAAAUAUCUCGGAUAUUUAACAUCGGAGCAAGCAUUAGCCGACUAUGUGGAUUUAAUAGGAUUUCUAAAAUCACAACCAGGCAAUAAAAACAGUCCUGUUAUUGUAUUUGGAGGCUCGUAUGGCGGAAUGCUCAGCGCUUGGAUGCGCAUGAAAUAUCCUCACAUUGUUCAAGGGGCAAUUGCAGCUUCCGCGCCAAUUUUACAAUUUACCGGUCACACCGAUUGUGAAGCUUUCGCGCGAAUUGUCACGUCAGAUUUUCGAGCUGGAAAUCCAACGUGUCCUAAGCUUAUUCGUAAAGCUUGGUCCGCAAUAGCGAACAUUACUGCAAAUGCCGAAGGACUGAAAUGGUUAUCGGAAACUUGGAAACUUUGCGAACCAUUAAAAAAUUUAACGCAAGUUGUCAAUUUGAAAAAUUGGUUGAUCGAUGUUUAUGGGAAUUUGGCGAUGGUCAAUUAUCCGUACGAAACAAAAUUCCUAGCACCUCUACCGGCAAAUCCAAUAUUUGAAGUGUGUAAAUACCUUAAAGAUGAUAAUCUCUCGGGAAAGCCACUGUUACUUUCCUUAUUCAAAGCACUAAGUGUUUAUACAAAUAGUACUGGUGAAACGAAAUGCAAUCGUAUUGAUGAUGCCUCACCGCAAUUAGGUGCAUCGGGCUGGAAUUUUCAAGCUUGCACUGAAAUGGUAAUGCCAAUGUGUUCCGAUGGAAUUAAUGAUAUGUUCGAGCCAACCCCCUGGAAUAUCAAAGAAUACAGCGACGAUUGUUAUAAAAAUUUUCAAGUAAGGCCGCAAUCUAAUAUGGCAUGCAAUGAAUAUGGUUGUUCUCACCUUUCAACCGCCACAAACAUCGUAUUCAGUAAUGGUCUACUUGAUCCAUGGUCUAGUGGUGGGGUUCUCACUAAUAUUUCAUCUUCCACCGUUGCUAUUAUCAUUCCCGAAGGCGCCCAUCAUUUAGAUUUGAGAGGCAAAAAUCCAAAAGAUCCGUUUAGCGUUAUUGAAGCAAGAAAGGUCGAGAGAUAUUCUAUCCGGAUUUGGAUUGAUGAGUAUCGUCAGAAAAUUCACCAAAGCAAAACUAUAAAUAAAAUUAAUGUGUAAAAUUAUUUUUUUACUAGUGUUUAAUUAUAUAAAUGUAAAUCAAACUAUUUUUUUCUACAUUUGUAAAUAAAACAAAUAAAAAAAAUUUUUUUUAAUUAAA